GCCUGGCCUCAGGGCAGAGGACUUCCAGACUCUUCCGCUGGCACAGCGCUUGGCUUCCACAGUGCCCUCUGAGCUCUCCGCCCCCUUCCCCUCCCAGCUCCCCGCCCCAUUCCCACCCCCUGGCACUUGCCCGGGCAGCAGCCACGGCCGAGGGGAGCCAUGCCAGCCAUGCCACCCCCAGUGUCCGAUGCCCCCCUGGACGGCAGCAGUGACGACGCUCACGCUAUGGGACUGGCACCAGUGACCAUCCUACGGCAGAUUGCGGCCGCCUGCACCUACCCUGAGCUGCUGGAGGACCCUGCGGUGCCAGAGGGUGCCCGAUGCCGGGCACAGAGAAUCCUGCAGGAGAUGGAGGCUGGCAACAUUGGAGGGUACAACCACGAGCACCGGGACCUGGCUGUCCCAAGGCGAGUGGCCCGGUUCCUCCAGCGCCGUGAUGGUGCCCCCAGUGACCCCCGCAGCAUCGUCCUCACCAACGGCACCUCCAGCAUCCUCCCGUUCAUGAUGUCACUGUUGGUGGACGUGACCUCACCAUGUCCAACCGGGGUGCUGGUGCCAGUGCCAGGUCCCCCAGUCCACGCCGGGGCCGCGGCACUGGCAGGGGCAGUGGCUGUGCCAUACCAGCUGGCUGAGGAGCGCGGCUGGGCCGUGGACGUGGACAUGGUGAGGCAGGAGCUGCGGCGGGCACAGGCCAGGUGCCAUCCCAAGGUGCUCUGCGUGGUCAACCCUGGUGACCCCACAGGGCACGUGCUGAGCUGGCAGAACAUGGUGGACAUCAUCCAGCUGGUGGCUGAGGAGAACCUCCUGCUGCUGGCAGAUGAGGGGCAGCAGGACCGAGCCUUUGACCCUGACCACCCCUUCGUGUCCUUCAAGAGGGUGCUGUGGGAGAUGGGUGCCCCCUUCUCCUCCACCAUCCAGCUUGUCUCCUUCUACUCCCUCUCCAAGAGCAUUGCUGGCGAGAGUGGUUUCCGCGUGGGGUUCCUGGAGCUGGUGAACGUGGAGCAGGGUGUGGUGAGACCCUUCCAGCUGGCACAGUCCAUCCCCCGGCCCUGUGUCCUGGGAAGGAUCCUGUUGGACAUCCUCAUGGAUCCACCUGAUAAAGGGGAUCCCAUCCAGCAGGCCCUGGAGGAGCAGCGGCAGGGGCUGUGCCGUCACCUGGCCCACCAGUGGCAGCUGCUGCAGGAGGUGCUGGGCCAGGGGUCCCUCUGCUGCCAGCCUGGCCAGGGGGGUGCCCGCGCCUGCCCCCGGCUCCAGCUGCCACCCCGUGCCCUGCGCCAGGCACAGGAGCUCGGCCUGGAGCCCGACGUCUUCUUCUGCCAGCAGCUGCUGGAGGCCACCGGGGUGCUGCUGGCCCCAGGCAGCGAGUUUGGGCAGCCCGAGGGCACCUACCACGUGGUGGUGUCACUACUGCCACCAGCCCCCACACUGGAGCGGGUUCUUUUGGCUCUCACCCACUUCCACGCCACUUUCAUCCAAGCCUUCUCCUGAGCCCAUCCCCCACCACCAUGACAUCAUAACCAUGCUGGUGGGAGCCCAAGAACAUUACAACCAGUGGCCACAGUGGCAUUUAUUGUGUUAGUCACCGUGGGGUGGCUCUGGGGACAGACCACCUGUCACUUGUGCCUACCACAAGCCCUCAUAGCUCUGGGAAGAUGCUGUAGACCUCAACCUCA